AUGGGGAGCUUAUUUACGACUCCCGAAUACUUGACCAUCGCGUACGAGAAACUUCUUCACAAUGACUUGAAUGAACUUGCUACUCUACGCAAAGCCUGCGAGCGUGACGGGUUUUUCUAUAUAGACCUGCGGGAUGCGAACAAGCAACUGCAUCCCGUAGAGAAUGAAGUUCCACUCGUAUUCAAAGCUGUCAACGAGUUUUUCAAAAUGGACGAGAAGGAGAAGAACAACUACGAUAUCGAUACCAUCGCGCCUUGGAAAUUACACGGACAUACACCUGCUGGGAGGAAUUCGGGACUUGCUGGCGCAGGAGAAAAGCAUGGCGUAGAAGCUUACACACUGCCCCGGGAUGGUAUGAGCAGAGUCGUGGAAGGUCAAGAUACUGUUGUUCUGCCACCCAUCCUGCAAAAGGAGUCAUCUCUCUUCACUGAGUUUAUGUCUCAACUGCAUAUUGUUGCACUGAAUAUUCUGAGGGGUCUAGAUCAGAGCAGAGACGGUAUGGGAAGUCGUGAGGGCUUCUUUGCAUCGAAACACCGGCCGUCUGAGCCUUCAACGUCUUGCCUAUUACUUGUCCGGUACGGGACAUUGGAUAAUGAGAUACCCAAAACAGGCCUUGCGCCGCAUACAGACGUUGGUAGCUUGACUGUUUUGUUUGCCGAUAAAAGAGGACUCCAAGCCCGUCAUCCUGACACGGGGGAAUGGCAAUAUCUCGAGCCGCGGGAGGGCUGUGCCGUCAUCAAUAUCGGAGAUUCGCUCAGGUUUAUGUCCCAAAAGAAUUUCCAAUCUGCACUACACCGUGUUAUACCAACACCGGGAACAACAAUACACGAUCGCUUCUCUUGUGCCUACUUCCUUCGGCCUGAGCUGGAUGCUGAGUUUGACGCCGAGGGUCAACAUUGGAAAAGUAUCGAUUGGCAUUUGAGAAAGUAUAAAAGCUAUCGCUCAGGUCAAACGGGCAAGACAGAAUGA